UGGCGGUUCGGGGAGGGUGGGGGGAGUUGGUUUUGUGUAUUUAUAUGCAAACAGGGCUGGUCUUUUUAAUGGGGCUGCCGUCAGCCCGUCUCCCAGCCUCUGGACAGAUGAUCUCCGGGAUUCACGCCUGAAUUUAGACCCAUUAAAAAGACGACAUUGUGGAUAUGGAAUGGUGCAUGCCGCUGGGCCAAGUUUUCAGCCUCUGAAAAACACCGGAAUCAUGGACAGUCAUCCGCUGUGCACUAGACUUUGUCCACACACUCUGGACAAAGAAGAUGGAGUCGAGAGGCAAGGUCCUGUCACUCUCAACCCUCGGCACAUGAGGAAGGCGUUCAAAGUCAUGAAUGAGCUGCGCAGCCAGAGCUUGUUGUGUGACGUGACCAUAGUGGCGGAGGAUGUGGAGAUCGCUGCUCACAGGGUGGUUCUGGCUGCUGGGAGCCCCUACUUCCACGCUAUGUUCACAGGUGAGAUGGCAGAAAGCAGGGCGAAACGAGUGAGGAUAAAGGAGAUGGACGGUUGGACUCUGGGCCUGCUGGUAGACUACAUCUACACAGCAGAGAUACAGGUCACAGAGGAUAACGUGCAGGCGUUGCUGCCUGCAGCUGGCUUGCUCCAGCUGAAUGAGGUAAAAAAGGCUUGUUGUGAGUUUUUGAGCUCUCAACUUCAUCCAUCCAACUGUCUGGGAAUACGAGCCUUCGCUGAUCUACACGCCUGCUCUCAGCUCCUAACGCAGGCGAACAGCUACGCAGAGCAACAUUUCACUGAGGUGGUUGGGAGUGAAGAGUUCCUCAAUUUGGGCAUGGAGCAAGUGUCCAGCCUGAUCGCCAGCGACAAGCUCACCAUCCCCACAGAGGAGAAGGUUUUUGAGGCAGUGAUAGCUUGGGUCAACCACGAUAAAGAUGUCCGCCAGGAACACUUGGCUCACCUGAUGGAACACGUCCGCCUGCCGCUUCUCUCCAGAGAAUACCUGGUGCAGCGGGUGGAGGAAGAGUCUCUGAUUAAGAACAGCAGCGCGUGUAAAGACUACCUAAUCGAGGCCAUGAAGUACCACCUGCUGCCGGCUGACCAGAGAGCUCUGAUGAAAACUGCACGCACACGCAUGAGGACGCCAGCCUGCUGUCCUAAGGUGAUGGUUGUGGUCGGAGGCCAGGCUCCCAAGGCCAUCCGCAGUGUUGAGUGUUACGACUUUGAGGAGCAGCGAUGGUACCAGGUAGCCGAGCUCCCGACCAGGAGGUGCAGAGCAGGUGUGGUGUACAUGAGUGGGUGUGUGUAUGCAGUUGGUGGUUUUAACGGUUCUUUGCGCGUGCGGACGGUCGACUGUUACGACCCGAUGAUGGACCGCUGGACGAGCGUGAGCAGCAUGCAAGACCGCCGAUCAACGCUGGGGGCUGCUGUGCUCAACGGGCUCCUGUACGCUGUGGGGGGCUUUGACGGCAGCACAGGUCUGUCGACAAUCGAGGCGUACAACGCGAAGACAGACGAGUGGUUCCACGUGUUACCCAUGAGUACCCGACGAAGCAGUGUAGGAGUGGGUGUCGUCAAUGGGAUCCUGUAUGCAGUUGGUGGCUACGAUGGUGCAACCAGACAAUGUUUGAGUACAGUAGAAGCUUACAACCCCAAAAGCAACACGUGGAGCUACAUUGCAGAGAUGGGCACGAGACGCAGUGGAGCAGGUGUGGGUGUGUUAAAAGGUUUACUGUAUGCUGUUGGGGGCCAUGAUGGUCCAUUGGUGAGGAAGAGUUGUGAAGUUUAUGAUCCGGCCUCUAAUAGUUGGCGACAGGUAGCUGACAUGAAUAUGUGUCGACGUAACGCAGGUGUGUGCACUGUAAAUAACUUGCUCUAUGUGGUGGGAGGAGACGAUGGCAGCUGCAAUUUAGCCUCUGUGGAGUUCUACAAUCCAAACUCAGACAAGUGGACGCUACUGCCGACCUGCAUGAGCACAGGACGCAGUUAUGCAGGUGUGACUGUGAUCGACAAGCCCUUAUGACUGCUCUUGACACCUGCCGCUGAUUCGGAGCAGAAUGUAUUCUCCUGCUGAAUACUGAUCUUGGAUCUGUCUACGAUGCCGAUGCUUCGAUGUGGGCAGCAUUAGCACAGGCACUGACGAAGAUGAAGAAAAUGACAAGAUGUGUUGUUGUUGAGGAUGACGAUGAAGAUUUUUUGCACUUACCCAAACAGGGGGAGCUGUAACAAAACGGGGGGGAUUGAACCCGCGUUUUAAUCCCCUCCUGGCAGGACUGCCAGAGCGACUGGACAAACCAGUUUGAAGCGCCACUGUAACCACUGCAGUGUCAUUGAAACGCUACUGAUGUGAAGCUACUAUUACUGCAAAGUUACUUUAACAUUAGUAAUGUUAACAUGAACCAGCUCUAAGAGAGACCACUGAUCUAAUGCACGGGAGAGGGAGGCGGAGAACGACCAUUCGGGACUGAAAUCUUUGUUUCUCCUUUCGUUUUUUAAACCACCUGAAAGUGUGCGUCUGAGUGUGUGUAUGUGUGUGUGUGCGCUUGCAUUUGAAGGUGCUCCUUUGCUUGCACACGUGAGCAUGUGUGUUUGUGUAGCAUCUGAGUCUCUGUGUGGUGACGCCUGGUCCGACGCCGCAUGAACGCACUCUGUCUGACCUCUGACCUUUUUCUACAGUGUUGCAGUGUGGCUGUUUUCAAGAGUGCCUGAAUGUCAAAUGACGCCCCCUGCUUCUUCUCCUUUUGUUUUAGUCUCGAGUACUGUUACUGGACAGAGCUCAGCUGGACUCUGCACCUCUGUUCUGGGAUGAAGAAGUACAUUUAAGAGCUGAGAUCAGUGACGAUGCGUCGGUUUGCGUUAGCCCGCAUGAAUUCAGAACGGCUACAUGAGAAGCAGUUGUAGGAAAUGUACAUUUUCUUUAAAAAAAUGAAUAAAAAAACAGACUUUCGCUGGAAUACAACUUUUCUGGUGAAGGAGAAUACUCAUUCACGUUGCCAAAAAAGUGACAGAUAGAGGGGGAGAAGCUGUUUUGAGGUGAAAAACAGUUGGAUGUAUCAGUGCUUUACUGUCACCUGGCAGCCGUCUUUGCUGUGGUUGUAACCACUAAUGACAACAACAAGCCUGAACUCACUGCAUGGUCCCCAAGUCUAACCUCCUCUCCUUCAACUGUACCCUCCUCUCCCUCGGUGUAGCAUACCCUAUUAACUACUGCGCACCCUGACCGUACUAUGAAUGUGCCAAUUUUAAUAUGUCUCUUUGUUUCUGUCUCUCUUUACUACUUUACUAAUCUGUUCUCUCUUUCUGGAAAGUGACCAAACCUACUCUUGAUUUUCUUUUUUCUUCAGUCUCUUUCUCUUCCAUCUCCUCCUAUAUUGAAAAAUUGCUAUAAUAGUAACUGGUAUCGCUGUUUCUUGUCAGUGUAUUGAGGAAUGUCAUGUAGGCUAAUGACUUUGAAAAUGUUUCAUUACUUGUUUUAUAUUAUCAUUAAUAAAUAUGCUUCUUGUAUUUAAAGCUGUGAAAUGAUAUAAUCUGUUUUUAAAACUUUGCCAAAUCAGUAAACAUCGAAAUGGAA